GUCAAGCCUCGACCUCAGGCCGAGCGAUAGAAUUUCGAGACAUAUCAACACCAGGGAGACGAUGCACAGCAGCCGGGCCUGUGCGCGUUUGUGCAUUUGGGCGCACCAGGAGCAGAAGCGUCGUUGCGGCUAGCCUUGACCGCCAAGGAUUAAGCAGCGCUGCAGCAGCGGAUGGGUCCUCAAGCGCCCCAACAGUGGACUACGUCCAGCGGCUCACCGGGCGGCAACCGCAUGAGUGCCCGAUGUUGUUCCUCGCACCGAUGGAGAACCUCGCCGACCGGCCUUUCCGCCGCGCCCUCGCUUCCACGGUCGGAGGGUUCGACGAGGCGUGCACAGAGUUCAUGCGUGUGCCCGGCGCCACCUCCAACCCCAUGGGCAGCAUACGCGGCGUGACGGGCUGGUACGACGCGGCGGAGCUGGCGGCAGCUGCCCUCGCCCUUGACGGCAGAGGCGGCGCCCCCGUUGGCAGUAGCGGCGGCCCCGCUGGCGGCGGCAGCGGCAUCCCUCUGGGGGCGCAGGUGAUGGGCAGCAGCCCCGAGCUGAUGGGGCUGGCGGCGCAGUACCUGGCGGAGGUGAAGCGUGCCCCCCGCAUCGACCUCAACUGCGGCUGCCCAGCCAACACCGUGACCGGCAACGGCGCCGGCAGCAGCCUACUGCGCACGCCGCAGCGCAUCCACGACAUCGUGAGCGCCAUGGUGGCGGGGGUGCGCGCCAGCGCCGCCCCACACACCCCCGUUUCCGUCAAGCUGCGGGCCGGCUUCGACGAUACCAGCCUGUUUGAGGACAACUUGCUAGCGGCACAGGAGGCGGGUGCUUCCUUCAUCACGCUCCACCCGCGCACCAAGCGCCAGUGCUACGACGGCGCGGCGGACUGGUCGCUCACGGCGAGGGCGGUGCAGCUGCUGCGCGUGCCGGUGAUUGGCAACGGAGACGUGGUGUGUGUGGAGCGCGCUCACGCGCUGCUGCGGCAGACGGGCUGCCACGGCGUGAUGGUGGGCCGGGGCGCGGUGCAAGACCCGCUUCUGUUCCACCGCAUUCGGCACAGCUUUGUGGCGGGCCAGGAGCUGGGCGCGGGGCUGGAGCUGGGGGCGCGGGGCGCCGGAGGAGGAGGAGGAGGAGCAGCGGGCGGUGGCGGCGGCGGCGGCGGUGUGGCGGGCUGGCGGGAGCCGGAGCUGAUGCAGUCGUUCCUGCGGUACUACGCCGCGCAGUUCAUUCCGGAGCUGCGGCCGCAGGAGCAGCAGCAGGGCCCCGGCGAGGCCACCUCGGCGGCGGCGGCGGCGGCGGUGGCAGCGGCGGCGGCGGCGGUGGAGCAGCCGGUCUCGGUGGAGUACCGCGCGAGCAAGUUCGGGCGGCUCAAAAAGGUGAUGAAGUACCUGUUCGCCUCCUCGCCCCAGCUGGCGGUGGCGUGCGAGUCGCUGCUGCGGGUGCGGCCCGACAGCUGCACGCCGGCGGACAUGGUCGACAUGCUGUGCGAGCAGAUCGGUCGCCACUGGCCCGCCUCCGGCCCCACCCGGCUGGUGCUGUACGACCAUAUGAACAAGAACAGCACUGAGCUGCAGCACAUCAGGCGGGCGGCAGGGACGGCGGGGGCGGAUGUGGCGGGGCCAGGGGCGGAGGCGGCAGGGGCGGGGGCAGGGGCGGAGGCGGCAGGGGCGGGGGCGGGGGUGGAGGCGGCAGGGGCGGGGGCGGGGGUGGAGGCGGCAGGGGCGGGGGCGGGGGUGGAGGCGGCAGGGGCGGGGGAGGGGGUGGAGGCGGCAGGGGCGGGGGCGGGGGUGGAGGUGGAGGUGGGGGCGGGGGUGGAGGCGGCAGGGGCGGGGGCGGGGGUGGAGGUGGGGGUGGGGGCGGCGGAACGGGUGCCGGCACUGGCGGGUGUGGCGUCGCGGUGAGGCAGUGGGACCCAUGAGACCGUGGGCGGUUGCUGUGAUGACCUUACCAGGUGACCUGUGAGCCUCUCGAGGGUUAUGCUCGCUUUCUUUCUCGGUUUCGCUCUGGCAAACAUCGGUGGUAUCUGUGACCUGAGCACCUGAUUGUGAGGGCUGGCUGCGGUGUGCCUAGUGCCCAGGGGUUGCGAGCGGAGUAGAGCGGAGUGGCCAGCAGGACGUCAUGUUCGCUUGUGCGUGUUGCGUUUUUUCAAACACGUCAGGACGUGUGUGCAGUGGGCGGCAGGAGCCAUGGCGGCGGUGAGGGAGAGCCGGAUACCGCGGGGGCGGGGGGGGGGCGGCGGGGGUCGCGGUGGGUGUGGCGCAGGCAGUGUGCCGGGGCGGUGUCCCGUUGGGGCCUGGGAUGGACAGGCAGGGGUGGGCGCCGGGGGUUCUGUGGCCCGGCCUGGCAGGAAGCGGGCGUUUAGGUUUUGGCACGUAGGUCACCAAAGACCCGUGCUGACCCGUUGGUACAUGCGUGCCGUUUGCCAAUGUGUGCCAAGUGCCAACCGUUGGGGAGGAUAGGGCAUUAGGGCCGCUAGGUGUAGUGCAGCCUACGGGCGGCUGCGACGUCGGCACUGCCUGCACCCUGAUGCGAGGGGCCGGACUGCAGCAGCACACGACCAGUUGCUACCAGACCAGGCUGCCGAUAUGCACGUUUCGCACUGUUAAGCAUUGUCGAUAAGAUGUACGCUUAGCAUACGUUGGCCGAGCUUCAAUGUUGGCCGAGCUUCAAGGU